UACCUUGUAACUCAUUCUUGAUCAACUCCGAAUUUUAAGAGAAUAAAAAUGGCUUUUCAUAUGUUGCUAAUAUCAGAUUUGGCUGUGCAUUGUUUGCUUCAUUAGCCAAGAUACAGUUACAGUGAGUACCUUGUGAGCAGAGAGGAGGAGUCAGAAGCGGCAUGGCUAGACUUUUGUGGGUUGGCAUUGUUAUAGGACUUGUUUUUAGAAACUGGGUUGAUGGUUUUGUAGGAUUUGAAGAACAUCACUUCAAUGAAACUGAACUGUCUGUGUUGGAGGCUCAUGAAGCUUCUUUAUCCUUGGAAGGGAGGAAUCUUCUGCUGGUAGGACUCACCCUUAUCCAAAAUGCUGAUGCUAAAGGAGCAGUGUGCUUGGAUGGAACAUUACCUGGUUAUCAUUUGCAUCGGGGAUAUGGAUCAGGAGCAAACAGCUGGCUUAUUAACUUAGAGGGAGGUGGAUGGUGUAAUAAUAUCAGAACAUGUGUUUAUCGCAAGACAACCCGGCGUGGAUCAUCAUCAUUCAUGGAAAAGAAGAUACCUUUUACGGGAAUAUUAAGUAACAACGUUAGAGAAAACCCAGAUUUUUUCAAUUGGAACAGAGUAAAGCUUCGUUAUUGUGAUGGUGCCUCAUUCGCUGGGGAUGGUGAAGAUAAGACUGCACAGCUGCAAUUCAGAGGACAGCGUAUUUGGGCAGCUGCAAUGGAAGAUUUGAUGUCAAAGGGAAUGCGUUUUGCCAAUCAGGCUCUUCUCUCCGGAUGUUCUGCGGGUGGCCUGGCUACUAUUAUACAUUGUGAUGAAUUUAGAGGUUUCUUUCCAAGAACUACCAAAGUCAAGUGUCUAAGUGAUGCUGGGUUGUUUCUUGAUGCGAUGGAUGUAUCUGGUGGGCAUACCCUCAGGAAUUUAUACAGCGGUGUUGUAGGAUUGCAGGGAGCGCAGAAGAAUCUUCCACAAAUUUGUACUAAUCACCUUGAUCCCAUUUCGUGCUUCUUCCCUCAAAACUUGAUUGCCAAUGUUAGAACCCCAUUAUUCAUUCUUAAUGCUGCUUAUGAUUCAUGGCAGAUCCAGUCCAGUUUAGCUCCUCCAUCUGCAGAUCCAAAUGGCUAUUGGCAUGAUUGCAGAUUAAACCAUGCUAAAUGUACUACAUCACAAAUCCAAUUUCUGCAAGGAUUCAGGAACCACAUGCUAAAUGCUAUUAAAGACUUCUCAAGAUCAAACAAAAAUGGGUUGUUUAUUAAUUCCUGUUUUGCUCACUGCCAAACUGAGAGACAGGAUACAUGGUUUGCUGACAACUCUCCUGUUAUUCGGAACAAGGCAAUUGCUCUGGCUGUUGGAGACUGGUAUUUUGAUCGAGAAGGUGUUAAGGCCAUUGAUUGUCCUUACCCUUGUGACAAUACGUGUCAUCAUCUGACUUUCAGAUGAGCCUAAUUUCAUUCAUCAUCUCAAUUCAUUUUUGCGCUUCGUCUAUCAGUGGAGGUUUAUGCUAUUCAAUUAUGUAAAACAAUAAAGGAAAAAAGGAUACUGAAAAGUGCAAAUUUAAUCAGUCAAUCAUUACCAUGAUUGGAGUUCGUACUUUUCAUGCCAUCACUUAGUAUUUCCCUUGGCUUGGAAUAAAUAGGAUGUCUAGUGUACCCAAAGAUAUUAAAAAAAUGAAAGAGAGAAUGAGUUUAUUUGUUCAG